AUGGCCCGUAGCAAUUCAUCAACCUCUACAAGACUGAUUGUUGCCAUCGUCCUGUCCUCUGCCUUCUUCGCUGCUGAGCUUGUUGUGGGCUUCCGCUCCAAAUCGCUAGCCCUGAUUGCUGAUGCUUUUCACUACCUGAACGACCUGAUUGCAUUCUGUGUUGCCCUCGUCGCUGCCAAGCUGUCUGACCGCAAAGAUGCUCCUGCAAGUCUGGCUUUUGGCUGGCAAAGAGCCAAAGUCCUAGGUGCCUUCUUCAACGGUACCUUCCUCAUCGCUCUUGGCCUGAGUAUUCUCCUACAAGCCAUCGAGAGAUUCAUCAACAUUCAAGUCGUCGAGCAACCACGGAACGUUCUUAUCAUGGGAUGUGUAGGACUUCUGCUCAACGUGAUUUGCAUUUUAGUUGUUCAUGACCAUGGCCACGACCAUGGACGCGGCCACGGCCACGGGUCUAGUAAAGAAGCGAAAGCUGGUGUUCCGGUUUUCGAAGUAUCGGACCUUGUGGGUGAUGUUCCAGCUGGCAGCAUGUACGACAGGCUGACUCAACAGGAAAACCCCUCGAAGAAGAAGCAUGCACAUGGUGACCUAGGAGUCAACGCUGUCGUCAUCCAUAUCCUUGGAGAUGUCCUGAACAAUCUUGGAGUCAUCGCUGCAGCUCUCGUCAUGAUGUUGGUGCGAUCUCCAAACCGGUUUUACGCCGAUCCGGCAGUCAGCAUGGCCAUAGCCAUCAUGAUUGCAAGCAGCGCGCUUCCUCUCACUUUUCGAAGUGGCCAUAUCCUUCUCGGAAGCACACCUCCUAGCGCUCACCGAGAGACGGUAAUUCGAGAGUUGAGCAAGAUAGCAGGAGUUGUGUCAGUCCAUGAUCUCUGUGUCUGGCAAUUGAGCCAGGAGGAGUCAAUCGCUUCAGCCCACAUCGUUAUGCUGCCCAUGGAAAAAGAGGAGAUAAUCUCGAGGAGCAGUUCGGAAAUCGAAGAAAUGCCCAGACCUAACCAGCCAGCAGAGACGCACAAUGGACGACUCGCACGUCUUGGAAAGUGUUUGCAUGGAUUUGGCAUCCACAGGAUGACUCUGCAGAUCGAGGAUACUCCGGAGAAGGCAAAGUAG